GGAGGUGAAAAUCAUCAUUGCGGUGUGAGGCACUCCCGUAUAUUAACACUUUAGAAAUUAAAAGCUAGUAAAUCAUCCAUGUAAAUAAUUAUGACGAGCCUUUCUUGCACGGUCGUGUCUUUAAGGCGCGAACUGUGUAUUAUGUGUACCGGUAAAUCCCGAUUGCGUACCUAACUUGAUCAAGCAGUUUAACGGGAGCGCCAUUUUGGAUACCAAGACACAGUAACUGCAUCAUUAGUGUUGACUGCAGUCGUUAACAUUUCACAUUCAAGAGAGCAGCCUCACAUCAUCUAAGACAAUGAAUAGCAACCAGAAUAAGACGAAUGAUUUUGGUGAAAAUGUUCAUCUACGGGAUGGUGUCAAUCCAGUUGAUGAAAGGAUUAAGGGAAGUAACUCUGACAGUACAGACUACAUCCUGCAAGCUGUGUCAGCCCCAGACAUUGAAGGACAGAGAGACAUAUCCUUGAAUAACAAAUUACAACCAGACUUCAUUGAGCAAACUUGUCAAACUUUGCUUUUAUAUUGCAGCCAGGAGAACUCGGUUAACAUAAAGACCUGCUAUGCAGGGAGCAAAUGCAUUAAAGGUCUGCAUGUGUGGAAAUGCAGGGGGUGAAAUACAGACUAUUGCAACUGGAGCAGAUGAAUACGGUACAUCUUACAGACUGCAACAGUUGAUAUUGGAUGCUGAGCACAGACUUGUAGCAGAAGGUUUAGACCAGACAGCUUGGAUGCUACUCCACAGCUUUUCCUUGCAUUUUCGCCAACCACUACAGAGUAGUGGUAACAACAGCAGAGUGUAUAGGGAUGUUGAAAAUGGUGGUGGCAGUGGCUGGCACCAGUGUGUGAGAAAGUCAGAAGAAUGUAGAACUUUAGGAGGCUUAAUGCUUUUCUCAUACCGUUUUUUUAUUACCAUGUGCUUGUUAGCAACAAGAGUAAUGAGGUCUGCAAUCUUGCCUUUGCAUUUGUUUUCGCAGAUUGUCAUUGGUUCUUUCUUGAAUCAAGAUAGAAUUUUUAACUGUUAUAAAGUAGAGUUCAAUACUGUAGAUAUAAAAAAUAGUACACUUUCUUCAAAAUAUAAAAUAUGGUCUAAUGAAGCCAUAGGGGACCAUUUAUAUUGUAGAAAACAUAAAAGGAUAAUGUUUACAGAUUCUGAGAUUUCAAAUGUGAAAAAGGAUGGUAAUCUGUCACAGAAAGAUAAUGUAUUAGCAGCAGCUAAGUUGCUAACAGAAGCAAGCAAAUUAAUAGAUAAACAGAAAUUGAUGGAGAAUGGGAAAAAAAGAGGCCCAUAUGUAAGCGGUUAUAAUGAAGAACCAGGUGAGUCUGAUUGUUUGGACAAUUACCUCGAUGUCUCCCAUUUCCUAAGACCAUCCUGGCAUGUUGCCACUGUGUUUCCAGUGCACCAUCAUACAAGCACUAUUGUCCACCCACAGCAAUCAAUUUCCUUACCAGAGGUAAGGGAUGAGAACAGUGCAAGAGAGGAUUACAAGCAUGAGCUAAGACGUCUGGCCUCAUUCUCUGACCUGCCAGCAACUUUCAAGUUCUUUGUCAUUAGACUGGCGAAUGCUGGGUUUUAUUGUAAUCAGGAUAAAAUAAUCCGCUGUUUCUUUUGCAAUUUCGAGAAAAGUGAUUGGAAGCUUUUGGAAAACCCAUUGCAGAUUCAUCACCAUCGACCACAAUGUUCCAUCGUUACAGGCAUUAAUUGCGAAAAUGUUCCUAUCAUGCUUCCAUCAGCAGAGCAAGAAAAAGAACUGCGGCAGUUGUGGUCACUUACUGAAGGGAAGAUGGCAUCUAGGCCCUUGCAGAUGCAAUCUGUGACCAGCAUUUUGCAGCCAGUGCUUGGAGGUACUACACUAAAUAUGUCUGCAAGUGGUGCCCAAGUUUCACCACCUGUAGCUGCAUUUGGACAAGAUGCAGGUACUAACAGCACUGACAGCAUAACCUCUCAGCCUGGUCUGCUGGGAGCAGCUGGUACAGAGUUGGUGGUAGAUGGGACUCUUGAAGGCUCAGAAUCUAAAGGGAGGGGAGAGAGUGUAUCAGUAAUUGCCCCAGGUAGUCCUGCUCUCCAGCCAGAGUUCCAGAUAGCAUCCCUAGGUCAACCAACACCCACUUCAGCCUCUCAGCAACUGGCUUCAAACCUUGUUACAGAUCCUAAUUCAACAGCCCAACUUACUACAAAUGCAUCAAGAGUUGAUUCGUCAUCACUUUCUUGUAGCCAUUCACUUAAUGAUAGCACCUCUCAGCCUGAAAGUGGUUCAUCGGAGUCGGGACCUCGAACAGGUGAAGGACAGCAGGUUGUGACCUACCAGCAGCUGGGGAUUUUAACAGAAUCACCAAAGCAUCUAAACAUGGCAGUGUACCAGGAACGCAUCAAUUCUUUCAGGAACUGGCCACAGAACAACCAGACCCCAGCUAAUCUGGCUCAGGCUGGCUUCUUUUAUGGAGGAUAUGGAGACUGUGGACGAUGCUUCUUCUGUGGUGGAGGUCUCAAGAAUUGGGAAGCCAGUGACAAUCCUUGGAUCGAACAUGUACGGUGGUUUCCACGCUGUGCCUACAUUCGUCAGUGUCAGGGGCAGGACUUCAUUGAUGUUGUGCAGUUUCUAAGCCACACACAGCAGCAUAUCACCAUGGAAGACGUGAAGAGUGAAAUGAACAACCGGCGAGCACAUGGUGAACGCCUGCAAGAAACACUUGUGGAUCCAGCCAUCAAAAGUGUCACCGAACUUGGCUAUGCAGCUGCACAGGUCGACAUGGCUGUGCAACAACUUAGACAACAGGGGUUAGCUCUUACAGCUUCUCAUCUGAUAGACCUUCUGCAGAGGGAGGGGCUGCAGGCAGCUGGAGGAGUUGAUGAAGGAGAAUCUGAUGUUGAAAUAGAGUACCUAGAGGAACUUGGGAGAGAAAAUAGUGAGAUACGCCAACAGCAUAUUUGUAAGAUUUGUUUGGAUCGAGAUGUCUGCAUUGUUUUCCUGCCGUGUGGUCACCUGGUCUGCUGCGCCGAGUGCUCCCCUGCACUCACCACCUGUCCAGUUUGUCGACAGCGUAUCAAGGGUCGUGUUCGUGCUUUCUCUCCAUAACUUCGCUGAUUGCUUAACCAAGUGUUAACCUGAUCAGUCUCAUGUACACAAUAAAUAAUGUGCACUACAUGAGAAUGACACAAUGUGCUCUGUGAGUGAUAUAAUAUGGAUGACAUAAGGUGCACUGCAACAUGUCUAAAUACUAUCAUUUUAUCACUGUGAACAUGUUUAUCAGCCCAGUCUAGGUGGUUUGUUUUAUGUUGAUAUAAAAACAGUUUCCCUAGAAGUAUGUUUUGCACAGAGGCAAGUAAAUUUUUAUGUCAAUACCAUUUUUCUAACAAGAUUUGACCAAUGGUAAUUUAUCUGAAUAACAGUUGAUUUUGCUUGAUACAGAAAAGUUCUAUCAGAUAUUAACUUGGACUGACUUUUCACUUCGCAGAGAUGCCUAAGUGAAGCAGUCUUAGGAUUGCAGAUCACUUUUUUAUGGUUCUGAAGAUUGAGUAGAUUGUGUCAUCACAGCAUUUUGUUGAGAGUGGACCGUAACAUCAGCAGAUGAUUGUGUUUUCAUCAUUCUUGUACUUCUUUCAGUGAUCAGCAGUAUCAGAUGGUAUACAGAGAAAACGAGCAGUGUAUGGUGAGGGUUCAGUGGCCUCAAGCAGUCUGAUUUCUUACAGUAUGAGAGAAAGUGUUUUUGAUUAGAGUCUGAUCCCACUAAGUGGUCCUGUUUUCUUGCACCAGUCAUCUACAGAAUAGAAAGAAAAUAAGAGUGGUUAGAGUCUGUGUGUCCUUGUGCGGUCUGGUUUUCUUGCACUAAAGAUGAGUCAUUCAUGUGGCACUUAUAUUCACCAUUUGUGAAAACAUUGUCACAUUAUAUAUCACAACCAAUCAACAGGAUAGUAAUCAGCCUCAGAAAUUUUCUGCCUUUCUCACCACUACCAGAGUUCAUUGCUGAAGGUGGUGCUCUCUUAGUUAUCCUUUCCAGUUUGAUGAAGGCACUGUCCUUGUUUUACAGAUGGUGCUCUCCUGAUUUUCCUUUCCAGUUUGAUGAUGCCACUGUUCUAGUUUACUGUUGGCACUCACCUAUUUCACUAUUACUUGCCCAUUCCAGUUUGCUGUAGCAGUGAGUCUUUUUUAGAGUGGACUGGCACUGAUGCCACUUUACUUCAAUUCCUCUGAGACUGUAUUUUCUUUGUUUCGCUUUUUUUAAUCUCUUUUUGUAGGUUGUUGUGCUUCUCAGCAGUUAACAUACUUUUUGGUAUGUUUCCUUAUGUUAACUUCUAUAUUCAUGAUUGCUUUAGCCAAUGAUGCCACUGGGCAAAUUGACUGCCAAUCAAUCAGGAUAAGCAUAAACUAGGGCUAACCAGUCAUGUUCAAGCAGAAGAGUGAUACAGGCAUUCAUUCACACUAAAAGGUCAAACCAGCAGUAACAUAAGGUCAUGUUGAUCUUACUCAAAUAGUUAUCAUGCUUUAUAAGGUAUUGUAGUUAUCUGACUUCUACAGGCAUUAUGGUUUGUACAGUUGUUACUUCUAUCUUCUUGGUGUAAUUUAUAUUAUGUUAUUGGAUGUGGUUACAGUUCAAGCCUUUGACUGAUGCUUUUGUUAACAUUUAUUUGGCACUUCAUUGCUGCUUCUCUUAUUAUUUUACUUCAAUAUUGAUAUUUAUGCAUUGCUUACAUAAUAAAAUAGGUAUUACACAG